UCUGCGUUUAAAUUUACCGGGGCGGCGUAGGCUCGAUAAUCUUUUUGGACGAUAGGGUAAGAAGUGAGUUUAAUACCAACUAAAUAUUAUUAAUGAGUCUAUUUCAUUGUUUCUUGCUCCGAUUUGGUAGAAACAGAGUAGUAAACUCAUUUCAGCUUAGUCAUAGUUUAGCCACCCUCGUUGAUAUUCCUGAUUAUGCCAAGACACUAGCGACCCGAAUAUCAAACUGCAAUAAUCUAGAGCAGCUCGACCAAAUUUACGCCCACAUAAUCCGAAAUCACUUCUUGGAGUUGUAUCCUGCAGAAUUUCACUGGAACAACAUUAUCAGAUCAUAUACUAGGCUUCAAUCCCCCAGUAAGGCACUACAUGUGUACAUCACUAUGUCUAGAGCUGGUGUUCCUCCUGAUACUUUCACCCUACCUAUUGUUUUAAAAGCUAUUGUUCUGAAUUAUGUUGUUAUGGUACGGCAGCUUCAUGGGGUUGCAGUAAAGCACGCUUUAGACACUAAUAUGUAUUGUGAGAGUGGCUUCAUUAGUCUGUACUCAAAGGGUGGUGACUUUGAGAAUGCUCGUAAGGUGUUUGAACAAAAUACUGAAAGAAAGUUGGGGUCUUGGAAUGCUAUUAUAGCAGGGUUGUCACAAGGUGGGCGUGCUAAAGAAGCGAUAGAAAUGUUCUUGGAGUUGAGAGAGAGUGGGUUACAGCCUGAUGAUGUAACCAUGGUUAGUGUGACAUCAGCUUGUGGUGCUCUUGGAGACUUGGAUUUGGCUUUUCAAUUGCAUAAAUGCGUCUUUCAAGCAAAAGCGUUGGAAAAGUCUGAUCUUUUGAUGAUGAAUUCUCUCAUUGAUAUGUACGGUAAAUGUGGGAAGAUGGAUCUUGCUUAUAGGGUGUUCUCAAGUAUGAAAGAAAGAAAUGUAUCCUCGUGGACUUCUAUGAUUGUUGGUUAUGCGAUGCAUGGGUAUGUUAGAGAUGCGCUUGAAUGCUUCCGUUGCAUGAGGGAGGCAGGUGUUAGGCCUAACCAUGUGACAUUUAUUGGGGUGUUGAGCGCUUGUGUACAUGGUGGGAUGGUGCAAGAAGGAAAGUAUUAUUUCAGCAUGAUGAAGAAUGAAUAUGGUAUUGCACCCAUGUUGCAGCAUUACGGGUGCAUGGUGGAUUUGCUUGGUAGGGCUGGGUUGCUCGAGGAGGCAAGAGGGACGAUUGAAGGUAUGCCAAUGAAAGCAAAUGUUGUGAUUUGGGGGUGCCUAAUGGGGGCUUGUGAGAAGCAUGGGCAUGUGAAAAUGGGAGAAUGGGUGGCUAAGCACCUGCAACAGUUAGAACCGUGGAACGAUGGAGUGUAUGUGGUAUUGUCCAACAUUUAUGCCAGUAAUGGCAUGUGGGAAGAGGUAAGGAGAAUGAGAGCAAUUAUGAAGGAGACAAAACUUGCCAAGGUUCCUGCUUAUAGCUUGUCCACAAGUUCAGAUUGAGAGUUGAUGUUGGACCAGCCAAGGAUAAAGGAUCAGAAAUGUUGCUCUCUCUUACAGCACUGAGUGCACAAGAUGGUUGCCAUCUGCACCUCAUAAAAGUGGUCUUAUAGGAGCAAUAUAUCACAUAUUUUGACUUACUCGUUGAGCCUUAAUUUUUAUCCACUUAAUGCUCUGUUGCCAAAAAGAAUAUAUUUAUAUUGAGGUACAUCCCCAUCCACUGCUACAAUUAUACAGAGCCUCACGCUACCCGCUUUCCACAAAAAGCAUGUCUAUAAACGCUAUCAUUAGCACUAAAAACCUCCAAUUUAUUCAUCACAAAUAAGCAUUCCACAAUCUCGGAAAUUCUUCUUUUUUUUCUGAGAAAAAAAUGUUAAUACAGAGCUCGCAGCAUCACCAGUAGGUUCUCUGAUAAAAUGAGUGCAAGUGUACCAGUUGAUGUAGGCACAACGGGAGUUGUAGGAUCACUUCUGAAGGAGAUUGAGUAUUUCAGAAGACUUGAGUUGGAUUGUGGAAAAGGAAUUUCUAAUAAAUCCUUGAAGAGUACACUGGAAAUAGAUUCUAGUGGUGGUGGCCUUUCGUGGCCUAGCUUCGGGUUCUUGACGAUGAAAUGGAGAAAGAAGAAGAGAAGAGGCAGUGGUGGUGGAUUACCUGCAAUGUGUUUUAUGGUUGAAGUUUCUGAGCUGUAGGCUGAGUGAAAUCCCGGGGUUUAGUUAUAGGAAUCUUAAGGUUGAUCUAAGAGAUUUGAGGAAGAUGUAACACUCUCAAGAAGCUUUUGAAUUUUUUAGUCGUCUAAUUGGAUUUUGUAGCGCCUGAAUUCUCCCUUAUUCUUUAGCCAAAUAUCUUGUGUUUCUGAUUGCCUUCAAUUGUUAGGCCUUAAAAAAGAUUGUGUUAAUAUUUUUAAUA